AUGGUUCUGUCUGAAGACACAAGUCAUGUGCUGUCACGUAUCAACCAUUGGGAUUUUGAUGUGUUCCAUCUUGACAGGCUGACAAAUGGACGUUCUUUGUUUUACGUAUCACUAUACCUAUUCCAUGAGUACAAGUUGGUUGAAUAUUUCCACCUGGAUAUAAUGAAAGUCCUCAAAUGCUUUGCACUUAUUGAGGAAGGGUACCAUUGUAAGAAUCCUUAUCAUAAUUCCAUCCAUGCUGCUGAUGUGACACAAGCAAUGCAUUGUUAUCUUAGGGAACAGACGAUAGCAGGUAUGAUUAAUCCACUGGAAACUAUGGCAACAUUAUUAGCAGCCAUAACUCAUGAUCUUGACCACCCUGGUGUUAAUCAAGCAUUUCUCAUAGCAACUUCCAGCCAUCUUGCAUCUAUGUACAAGAAUUCUUCUGUGCUUGAGAACCAUCACUGGCGUUCCUGUGUAGCUGUAUUACAUGAAACGGGGGUAUUCGAUCACUUCACACCACGACAAAGAGCUGAACUUGAAUGGCAUAUUAAAUCUCUGAUACUUGCAACAGACAUCACUCGGCAGCAGGAAUUCCUUACAAGGUUCCAGAAACACUUAGACACUAGAGAUCUCAAUUUGAGGGAAGCUGAAAACCGACAUUUUAUCCUCCAGAUUGCUUUGAAGUGUGCUGAUAUUUGCAAUCCUUGUCGGGCAUGGGAAACUAGCAGAAAAUGGAGUCAACGAGUAUGCGAGGAAUUCUUUCAACAAGGUGACUGUGAACGACAAUUGAAUCUUCCCAUUACAACCAACUGUGACCGAAAUGCAACAACAGUAGCCAAGAUUCAAGCAGGAUUCAUAGAGUUUGUUGUUGAGCCAUUGUUUAAAGCUUGGGAGCAAUUUCUACCAUGUAAAAUUAGUGACACAAUGUGUAGAAAUAUAAAACGUAACAAGGGGAACUGGCAACAAAUACUCAGGAAUAGUAGUAGAAAAGAAUCAUCACUCAACCAAACCGAGAUUGACUUGGGGUCAUGGUCUCGUCAACGUGGACAGUUGUCAUUACCAUCCAGCUCUCAGGCUGUGCUUCCACCGCUGAGUAAAAUUACUAAUGUAACAAACUUAGAAAAUGUGAAUAAUUCAACACGGGAGAGUGUGUCAUCAGGAGGCUGUGUAAAAACAUAUAAACCGAAUGGUUCUGCACAAAGGGAUACACAAAGUGUUGUAACAAGGACACCUUACACAUCGAGCAGUUAUGAAUCUGGAAAGAGUAAAUCCAAGUCAUUGGACUCAAAAUUUAGUGUCAAACCAAGAGAAAGAUCACUACGGACUAGUCUUGAUACACGAGGUAAAUCAGAAAGAACUGUUUAUGUGUCACCAUCACGGUGUUCAUAUCGCAAAUCAGAAAAUAUCACUGAUUCAAAAAUCAAAGCGGGAAUGUCAAAAUUGCCAUCUCAUGUUGAAAACCAAAAAGCAAGGACAGACAAAGUUUUUGAACCACGGACUAUUGAAUCAAGAGUGACAGUUGAACCGCAGGAAAAAUCGGAAAGAACUAUAGAAAUGAAAUUGACAGUGGAGCCAUCCUGGGAGAUGUUAGGUGACAAUCAGCCAGUUGGAAGCACGUCAGACAAUCAAAGGUCUGAAAAAGUUGUGCAAUCAAAGCUGACAUUUGAACGAGAAAAACUGGAAGCAAAAAGUGUGGAAAUGAGAUUAAUGAUGGAUCCGGAGAGUUCAGAACGCACCGUACAAUCUACUGUCACCAUUGAACCAAUAGAAAAAUCAGAACGAGCAGAGGUAUCAUUGUCGAUGUCACCAGCAUUGCAGCGGAAGACUGAAACUAGAAGAAGUCAUUUGAAGUCAACAACAACAACAACUACCACCACCAGACAUUCAUACUCAGGAGAUUCAAGACUAAAAUCAUCGUAUUCUCCGUCACCAUCUAGAGCUUCUAGUAGAUAUAACAGAGCAGAAUCCCCAUCGACCAGUGUUGAGUCUGCCACCAACACUAGCCAUGCUUCACCCAGGCGAAAGCUGCAUGAAUCUAGAGUGACCUCGUAUGCAUUACGGGGUUCUACCUCUCCAACAACUCAGAGCAAAUUCCCUCGCAGUAAUACAUCACGAGUCACUUCUUCUUCAUUACCUAUGCAAUACGCCACACAGCAAAGCAAGCGGUCCUCGGAUAUUAGUACAACAGAGACCCGAUCUCCGAGAGGAACUCGUCGUUCACCGCAAACAAAGUUGCCAAAGUCAAAAGAUGGAAAGUCAUAGUUAAAAUGCAGGGACUGUAAAAAAUUUUUACUUCAAGACA